AUGAAAAGAUCACCACCAUCGUUGUCGGCGUCAUCGACAUCAACAGGAAGAGAAAUGGCAAUGGAUGAUUACGAGAGUUUAAAGUCUAUCACCACGUUGGAUACCCAAAGCAGCGAUUCUUCCGAUGUCAGAGUUGCAGAGAAAGGGAAAGGAAGAGGUAUGGAGAUGGAGAUGGGUAUUCUACAAACAGAAUCGACCCCUGCAUUUAUAGGAAGAGAAAAAUCGCCUACUCCAUCGAUGUUGGUGAGGAGAAGAACGGAGGAGGAAUCCAUGCGGAACGAGCAGACGGAGAGGACGAGAUUUGAGGAAGCGAGGAGUGGGAGUGUGAAUAGAGGGAAGGGAGGGGAGAAGAAGGAUGGGGUUAAAAGAAGACAUUCGAGUAAUGAACAUGCUAAUGUCUAUACUGAGUGCGGAAGACAUUCAGACGAUUGGCUAUUCGGAGGAUUUUCCAUUACAGAUGCAGUGAAGAAGAUUUGGCACAAGGAUGGAAAAGAUUCGGGAUGA